CAAUCAGAGCACUGACAAAGUAAAACUCAGUUGCUACGUCCUCAUACAAAAAUAUGUCUGUUAAAGAAGUUGGGAGUCGGCAAGACGUCGCUACAGAAGACUUUUUAGGUGAGUUUUUAUUAACUUGGACCGAUUUGUUGAAUCUUUCGUCUUGGAUAUGACGUUUCCGGGUGGCUGGACGUGACAGGAGCGGGACGGUAUGGAGGGAUUAAACCCACUUUGUGUCGCCUGACUGUUGUCAGACUCUGCUGGAUGUCUUGACUGAUAGCUCUGGCUGCUCCCGGUUCUCCGUGAUAUACAUGCCACGCAGGCACGUAACUUCCUCAAAGUUUGCACAGAAGUAUUUCAUUUCAAGAAUGACACUUUAACACAUGUAGGUUUGCUUUCAAACACCUGAAAAUGAUGAAGGUUAGAAGAUACCUGCGGGGCAGUGGGAGGGUGCUCGCCUUCGUGUUUGUUGCUUCAGUGAUUUGGCUGCUGUUUGACAUGGCAGCUCUUCGCAUGUCCAUAAACGACGUGAACAGCCAGUUGGUGAAAGAGAGGGUGAUCCGAGAGAAGGAGAUCAUGAUGAUGAAGAAACAGCAGCACCAACAGCAACAUAUUGUGGUCACGCAGGCAAAAAGGAGGGGAUUCAGACACCCAGUGCAGAGGGUGACACGUCCUGGGAAUAUACAGCAGAGCCCCAACCUCAAUCUGGACCACAUCUAUAGACAUAAACUGAAUCCAAAGUUUGAGGUCAAGCAAUCUAAUCAGAGACAGGAAGGUCGCGAUUUCAAAAGUGACAACUCUAAAUCUGCUUUAUCUAACCAAAACAAUGGAGAAAGCCUUCCUAAGAAGAAGGCAGUGAACUUGGAUUUAAACGUAGCAGUGGCCAGUGUGACUCAAGUGCAACCAGCUGUUGAGACAAACAGGCCAGUUUUAAAGACAGAACUUAAUAAAUCUGCUCAAUUUGCACACAAACCUUUAAAAGAGAAGGAAUUAAAGACGGACGAAAAGGCUGAGAAGGAUCUAAUUAAGCAUGGAAUAAAAGUGAGUCAUCCUACGGCAGAGGAGGCACACCCUGUUAAGACAAUAUCUCAGCAAACACCCGUCAAGGAUGUUAACGGGAAGGAGGACGUGAAGCCAAAGAUCAACCUGCAAGCAGGGGACAACUCCAGCGCCGUCAGGAAACCAGGCGUCCACAAAGUGCUUUCUCUGGACGCGACCCACGCCCCCAGAGACCCCAAUGCUGUCGGCCAGUUCGGCCAGCCGGUGAUCCUUCCGGGUAGUAAAAACGCAGAGGUGAUGAAGAGAUGGAACGAGGGCCACUUCAACGUCUACCUCAGCGACCAGAUCCCAGUGGACCGUGGCGUUCCCGACACCAGGCCGGAAACGUGUGCACAGAAUCUGGUCCAUGACGAUUUGCCCACCACCACUGUGAUUUUCUGCUUUGUGGACGAGGUGUGGUCCACUCUCCUUCGCUCUGUCCACAGUGUUCUCAACAGAUCUCCACCGCACCUCCUCAAGGAGAUUAUCCUGGUUGAUGAUGCCAGUACUAAAGACUAUCUGAAGAAGCAGCUGGAUGAGUACAUGUCACAGUUUCCCAAAGUGCGAAUCAUUCGUCUAAAGGAGCGACAGGGCCUGAUCCGAGCGAGACUGGCUGGAGCAGCAGUUGCCAAAGGCGAGGUUCUUACCUUUCUUGACUCCCAUAUUGAAUGUAAUGUGGGCUGGCUGGAGCCGCUACUGGAGAGAGUCUACCUGGAUCGCAAGAAGGUGCCUUGUCCAGUUAUCGAAGUCAUCAGCGAUAAGGACAUGAGUUACAUGCUCGUCGACAACUUCCAAAGAGGGAUUUUUAAAUGGCCUUUGGUGUUUGGCUGGAGCCCAGUACCAGAGGAUGUCAUUAAAAAGAACAACAUGAAAGUUACAGAUCCAAUCAGGUGUCCAGUUAUGGCAGGUGGCCUUUUUUCCAUUGACAAAAAGUAUUUCUUUGAGCUCGGCGCUUAUGAUCCUGGUCUGGAUGUGUGGGGUGGAGAGAACAUGGAGAUUUCAUUCAAGAUCUGGAUGUGCGGAGGAGAGAUCGAGAUCAUCCCCUGCUCGCGCGUGGGACACAUUUUCCGAGGACAGAAUCCCUACAAAUUCCCGAAGGACAGGCAGAAAACAGUGGAGCGUAACCUGGCGAGGGUGGCCGAGGUUUGGCUGGACGAGUACAAAGACCUUUUCUAUGGCCACGGGUACCAGCACCUGCUGGAUAAAAAGGUCACCGACAUUGGCAACCUCACAGAACAGAUUGAGCUGAGGAAGAAGCUCAAAUGCAAGAGCUUCAAGUGGUACCUGGAUAACGUGUUUCCGGACAUGGAUACUCCCGCAGUCAAAGCUGAGGGCCUGGUCUUCAAUCGGGGCUUGAGAAAAUGCCUCGCCCUGCAGAAAGACUCUUUGUCCUUUGAGAUCUGUGAUCUUAGUAAUCAGAAUCAGCAAUUUAAUUACACCUGGAUGAAGAGCAUUCGACACCAGGACCUCUGUGUUGCUGCCCAAAGCACAGGAAGUGGCUUCGCUUUGGUGCCAUGUGACAACACCAAACGUGAACUCCGCUGGUCCUACAAAACUUCCAACUCGGCUCUAACGGAACAUCUCAUCUCGGAGUUUGUUCCCAGCCACAUGUGCCUAGAAGCGGAACCUCGGGAUGACUCUGUCCGUCUGCGUCCAUGUCAGCCCAGCAGCGUCUUCCAAAAGUGGGAGUUUACACGUUACCACCUCCAAUGAUGAGUUUAACGACACUUUGUGGAAACAUCCACUGGCUUUACUGCGUAAACUGUGGUCCAGCCGUCACACCUGGACUGACUGAAGCGGUUCAGUGGAAGAAAUGUGCAUGAAUAUCCAUCAGCUGGUGUGGGUUGGUUGCUAGAGGAUAGCAAUCUCAUUUAACACACUGGGAGUGUUUUUUUUUAAAAAAAAACUGGGAUUAAAAUUGAGAUCUGUGGAAAAAAAAAAUUCCCAGUUUAAUAGUGCCUCAGAUUUUGCUUCUUCAUAGACUGAAUAACAAAUGAAGAAUUUAUUAUUUUACAUUAAAAAAGUGUGGGUUACAGGGUGUGGUGUAAUUUAUGCUGCUUAUUUGGGGUUAAAUGCCUUAUCCUUUUGAUCUGAUUUAAAACUCUCAAUGGUAUGAUUUCUUUUCUUAACACUAGGGGGGAGUGUUGGUUCAGAUGCCUAAAUAAACCUGUGUUGUGACGC